AUGGAGCAGGCCGGUCAGAAGCCCGAACAGCCGGCCCCGCAGGCCAUCCACCACGAGCUUCGGACUGCCGAGAACAGCGCCGGUUACGUGUUGGCCAAGCUGCAGUCCAUGAAAGAUGCCAACCCCAACUUAAAACUCUUGGACGUAGGCUCCGGCUCCGGCACCAUCUCGGUAACGUUCGCCAAAUUCAUCUCCGACGGCCAUGUCACCGGCGUCGACCUAAACCCCGAGAUCCUGCCCCGAGCUCGGGCCGUUGCCGAGCAGGCAGGGGUCAAGAACGUCGAGUUCCAACAGGGCGAUGUCUUCAAACUGCCAUUCCCCGAUGCCCACUUCGACGUGACCCACUGCCAUCAAGUCCUGACACAUCUGAAAGCGCCGUGGGAUGCACUGCGCGAGAUGCUUCGAGUGACGAAGCCGGGCGGCAUCGUCGCCGCUCGCGAGGGCGAUCUGGAAACAGAAUGCGUCUGGCCGGAGCUGCCGGGACUGCUUAGCUUUCACAAGUUCAUCUCGAACAUGAUGAAGCUCGCAGGAGGGAGUCCGAUCGGGGGACGACAGCUGCUCUCGUGGGCGCUGAAAGCGGGCGCCUCGAGGGACCAUGUCAAGCUCAGUUACGGCACGUGGUGGUACGACACGGCCGAUGACAAGAAGACGUGGUCACAAGCCAUGGUGGACCGGAUCAAAGCUGGACGGCUGCGUGAGGGAGGGCUCAAAGCCCGGCUUGUCACGGAGAAUGACCUGGAUGAAAUGGUCAAGGCUUGGGAGGAGUGGGCCGUCAACGAGGAAGCGAGCUUGGCCAUGAUGCACGGAGAAAUCAUCAUCCAGAAGUAG